UUUUAGGGCUUAGCGAUUCCAGCGCUCUGGCGGGAGCGGCGGGUUCCGGGCGAAGCUUAUAUUGGAGGGAUAUUUUUCUGGAUGUAUAUCUAGAUGGUUGUUUCUUUGGCGGUGGCUCCAGUGCCCUUGUACACAGCAAUUGCCGGAGCCUGUGGAAGUACUAUCGCGAGCACUCAUCACAACAACGAGGCUGAUGGAAAGGUGAAGCUUUCAACGUUCUUACGUAUCGACUCGCGGGGGGUUCCGUUCUAUGGUUUGAAGGCAGACGUCCAUUUUCUAUCGUCGAAACGCUGGCGCUAUACACUCUUGACGUGCGUCGCGUUGGACAAGGGAUGGAGCCAGAAGCGUAGCGGCGAUUCGGGUUUUAAGCCGCUGGUAGAGCACACGUACAGAACUGCUGCAAGUUUAGUGUCCGAAGCCACAGGAAAGGAGAAGAGUUUUGAGGCUACAGUUGCUACAGGAUCUACUCCAAGUUCAUCAUGGGACUAUGCGAACUCGUCCAGGGUGCUCGGUGCCUCUCGGUUUGCUGUCCUCCUUGGAGUGGUGAUCACGAUUUUUGGAGCGGUGUCAUUGACGGCUGUUUUAUUUGGAAGGUGGUGGAAUCGGUUGAGAAAUCAAGACAGGAAUGAUUUGAAGACAAGUGAUUCUUGGCCUGGAGGAGUCGCAAGUCCGUCAGUUGUGUUUGAGGCUCCCUCGGCUUUUUCGUUCUUUCUGAAGAAAGACUUGAAGCGGAAAGAGUCUGUAGAAUGGGUGAACAUGGUUCUUGGCAAGCUCUGGAAGAUAUAUCGCCGUGGCUUGGAAACCUGGCUCGUUGGACUUCUUCAGCCUCUGAUCGACAAUCUUCAUAAGCCGAGCUAUGUGCGGAGAGUUGUGAUCCAGCACUUUCACUUGGGAGACGAGCCCUUGACGGUAAGAAGUGUGGAAAGAAGAACAUCUCGUCGAGCGAAUGACUUGCAGUACCAUAUAGGCCUCAGGUACACGGGGGAAGCAAAGAUGCGUCUUAUGAUCACUUUAAGCGCCGGCUUUCUUCCUGUCAUGAUUCCUGUUGGAGUUCGGGGUUUCGAUGUGGACGGAGAAAUUUGGGUGAAACUACGAUUGGUUCCGUCAGAGCCGUGGAUCGGCACCGCAACCUGGGCCUUCGUAUCUUUGCCAAAAAUAAUUCUGGCCUUGGCACCUUUUGGUCUUUUCAACAUAAUGACAUUUCCGUUCAUUUCAAGAUUUUUGACAAAGCUGCUUACCGAAGAUCUGCCACAGCUGUUUGUAAGGCCGAACAAGAUAGUUGUCAAUUUUCUAAAAAAUCCGGCAAGUGGUCCAUUUGCUCAACAGUUUCAAGACGAAGGUGUUAACGUGGAAGGCAGCAAAGACUUUACUGGGGAGUUGUCUGUCACUCUAAUGGAUGCACGGAAGCUGAAGUAUUUCCCAAUUGGUAAGACGGAUCCGUAUGUAAAACUGAUGUUGGGCGAUCAAGUGAUUCGUAGCAAGAAAAACAGCCAAACAUCUAUCAUCGGACCUCCGGGAGCCCCGAUAUGGAAUCAAGACUUUCAGCUGCUGGUUGAGGACCCAAAGACCCAAAAAGUAGCUGUCCGUGUUCGAGAUGCCGUUGGCUUGGGAGUUUUCACUAUCGGGUAUGGCGAGAUUGAUCUGAGCACACUACAAGAUACCGUUCCUGUUGAUAAAAUCGUGACACUUCGAGGUGGCUGGGGUUUUCCUAAACGUUUUGCUGGAGAGAUUAUGGUCCGAUUGACUUACAAGGCAUAUGUGGAAGAUGAUGAGGAAGAAGAUGACGGGCCUUUCAAUCAACUCUCGGACGUCGAAUUGGACUCGGACAAGGACGAGUUUAGUACGAGGAAAUUCUUUCGCAAGAAGAGGAGACUGGACUUUCUGAGGGACUUAUUCGCUGCUGUGAACGUCGUCAUCAAGGACUUCGGCUACGAUAACGUCCUUGUAGAACCAAAGAAAUUCGUCGACAAGAAGCGAGAACACGCGCAAGGUGAUGGUCACAGGGGAUCAUCUCAAAGUGAACCGAGGCGUCACGGUGAUACGGGACGGCUACCGCCUUCAAAAGCCAAACACAGACAGGUGCCACCAUCUCAAAGUGACGAUGGCGCUGGGAAGAAAUCACAGGAGGUGACGGACCAGGGAAACUUGCAAGAACCAAGACCUGAUAUUCCUGCACAGACACCGGAAGCCGAGAAAGAACAAGCCGAAAAAGAACAAGCUGAGGAGACAAGAAGAACGAGCUUGAACUCCGGAGGUGGAAGAACCAAAGCUUCCGGACGGUGGACCGAGAAUCCAGCAGUGUUGUGGCUUGGUCUAGCGACGGGCAUUGCGCUGCUGGCAGCGCUAAGCCUCAACUUCUCCAACUUGGUCAAUCCGUGAUCAUUUUGCAAUUUUUUGUAAGUAAGUUCGCAAUGUUAUUACGAUUCUUUUCCUGUCAAUAGCCAGAAGAGAAAGGCAGGGAUUUAACUCUCUAGCCGAUCGAAAAUUGCUACUGGAGACCAA